AGUCUUCGGUUACGUCAUGGCGGACCAAUAGGAAUGACUUGAAAACGUAAAAAAUUUGACGAUCUGUUUCUUGAUUGAGUGUCCAUAAUAGAAUAACACCUACUUUCGCAAGACUUUCGCAACGUAUUGCAGGCGAAUCCGAACAUAGUUAAUAAACCGCUUCCAUGCAUAAACAACGAAGCUAGAGUCUGUUAAACACGUUUUAUAAACAAAUGUUAAAUAACUACGAUAAAGACGAGUCAAACAGAUAGAUAAAGAGAUUUGUUUACCUCCCGUCUCUCGCCGAGAGCGGCAGUCAGUGUGAGCCGGCGCGCGCGCGUGCAACUCGCCAUGCUCACUGUCGUGCUCGCGCUGAGCGCGCUGCUGGCGCUCUACCUGUACGGCACCCGGACCUUCCGGUACUGGCAGGACAGAGGAAUCAAACAUGACCCACCAUUACCAUACUUGGGGACAAAUAGACAGCAAUAUUUUAUGAAGAAAAGUAUGACGCAAAUGGCAGUGGAAGCAUACCUGAAGCAUCCAAACGAAAAAGUUGUUGGAUUUUUCCGAUCCACGCGACCAGAGCUAAUUAUUAGAGAUCCCGACAUUGUCAAAAGGGUACUGUUAACUGAUUUUCAAUACUUUUACCCUCGAGGACUGAACACACACAAGACUGUAAUUGAGCCUCUCCUGCGCAACCUGUUCUUUGCGGACGGCGACUUGUGGCGGCUGCUGCGGCAGCGCAUGACGCCGGCGUUCACGAGCGGCAAGCUGAAGGCGAUGUUCCCGCUGAUCGUGGAGCGCGCCGAGCGGCUGCAGACGCGCGCGCUGGCCGCCGCCGCCGCCGGCCGCCCGCUGGACGCGCGCGACCUCAUGGCGCGCUACACCACCGACUUCAUCGGCGCCUGCGGCUUCGGCCUAGACGCAGACUCGCUUAACGAUGAGGACUCCGAAUUUAGAAAACUCGGACGCUCCAUAUUCCAUAUCAGAGUCAAGGAUGCUAUUGUUGCUAUGUUAAAAGAAAUGUUUCCAGAAACUUUUAAGCAUCUUAAAUAUACGUCACUGACAGAGCAACCGAUGCUCGACUUAGUCGCGGCAAUUCUAAAACAAAGAAAUUAUGAGCCUUCCGGCCGGAAUGACUUCAUCGAUUUGAUGCUUGAAUGCAAGAAGAAGGGACAAAUGGUAGUUGAGUCUAUAGAAAAACUAAAACCCGACGGCACCCCGGAGCUGGCAACAAUGGAGUUAUCUGACGAGUUAAUAGCUGCACAAGUAUUCGUGUUCUUCGCGGCCGGUUUCGAGACUUCUUCUUCCGCGACCAGUUUCACAUUGCACCAGCUCGCCUUCCACCCGGAGAUACAGAAAAAAGUACAGCAGGAGAUAGAUGCGGUUCUGGCGAAACAUAACAAUCAACUCAGCUUCGACGCCAUCAAGGAGAUGACAUAUUUAGAAUGUGCUUUCAAAGAGGCGAUGAGGAUAUUUCCCCCGCUCGGCUUCUUGAUGCGGGAAUGCGCGCGAACCUACACAAUCCCAGAAGUGGGUAUCACUAUUGACGAGGGCGUAGGUAUUUUAAUCCCGUUACAAGCGCUGCACAACGAUCCGCAAUACUUUGAGGAGCCGGACGUGUUCCGACCAGAGCGGUUCCUCCCCGACCAGCUCAACAAAUAUAAUAAGUUCGUGUACCUACCUUUUGGCGACGGACCUCGCGCGUGUAUUGGUGCGCGCUUGGGGCUGAUGCAGUCGCUGGCGGGGCUGGCGGCGGUGCUGGCGCGCUGCUCGGUGACGCCGGCGUCCGCCACGCGCCGCUACCCGCUGCUAGACCCGAAGUCCAGCAUCGUGCAGAGCGUGCGAGGAGGGAUGCCUCUCGUGUUCUCUCAGAGGAAUGCCACUCACUGACCCCUUAAAACCUUCAUGGCGAAAAUAGCAGAAAAAAAAAUCUUACAUCAUCCUAGAUGUAACUACUUGAAAUUUGUUGAAUAAUGAUUAUAUUCGUGUACAUAAUAUGCUAGUAGUGUUGGUACACAUUUAAUUAACUGAAAUUAUUUGGAACCGUGUGUUGAUUCAUUUUUAAUUUAGUUAGUAUAAUUGGCUUCGCAAACCGUACUAAUUAAAAAAUUAAUAUAUUUAAUUUAUUUCAGAUAACCAAAAACUAAAUUCUACUCUAUUAGCUACAGAAUAAAUAGGAAAGAGGACGUGAGACUCGUCCCCAGCAGUGGGACACUAAUGGUGAUACUAAUAAUAAACAAAGAUGAUGGUUCAACAUCGUUAUAUACUUUACAAUCUAUACAUAAUUAUAAUAGUGAUAAAAAUGUAUUUAAUCCUCAAUCGUAAUAUGGCAUUACCGAGGAAUAAUAUUGUUACCAUAGCGACGAAUUUGACAUUAAUAUAAACAGGUAAUUUGUCCCUUAUUCAAGUAAACAAUAGGCUGUGACUGGAUUGCUGAUACUUCACGUAAGUUUUAUUUUGGAGUAACAAUUUCUAAUGUUUGAAUAGUUUUUGAGGUUGAGCUUAAAUCGGGACAGACGUUUUGUUUCCUAAAACCAAAAACAGAAACAGAGAAUGUAUUUCUGAUCCCGCUAUAACAAUAUAUUCAUAAAAUAAAGAUAGCGGCUAAGCGAACACUGUUACGGUCAUACAUUUGUGGAGUAGGUAACAAAUUAAAUUUGCAACAAAUAAAAUAUUUGCCAUAAAA